AUGUUUAAAAACCCGAAAUAUGUGUAUGGGAAUUGUGAAUGUCGCGUGUUGGCAACACUGCAUUUCGGAGAGGAAAUAUUGAAGAGAAUUCGGGCUCAUCAGGAUAAUGUCGCUCUGAUCAAUGGCGCAACCGAUGAAACGCUUACGUAUGCAUCCAUGGCCCAGGAGGCUAUAAAUCUUGCCGUCUCGCUCAAACACCUCAAUGUAAGAAAGGGAGACGUGAUCGCGAUAUGUUCGGAGAACAGGAGAGAGUUCUGGAGUACUGUUAUUGGUAUUUUUUGUACUGGCGCUGUAGUGACAGCCAUAAACACUACUUAUUCCAAAGAUGAAAUGAAACACGUACUGGGCAUCUCAAAGCCGAAGUACAUCUUUUGUUCACCAUCCACCUACAAACAGCAUUCGAAGAGCUUUAAAUCGAUAGAAAAAAUCAUUAUUUACGGAGACGAGAGAUUCAGUAACACAAUAGCUUAUAACGAUUUGGCCGUUGCCAACGUUAAAAAUAAGGUGUUAAGGGAAAAUGUCAAAUAUGACGAUUUCAUGUGUGUGGAUGUGAACGGACAGACGGAUGUGGGUGUGAUUUUGUAUUCUUCUGGGACAACCGGUUUACCGAAGGGGGUUAUGCUGACACAUCUUAACGUAUUGGCCGCUUGUACACCUAUGGACGGGGGAUUUGUUACUAAGUCACUGGCGAUAGCACCAUGGUAUCAUAGCAUGGGGUUAAUAUCCACCAUGAGACAGUACUUCAUGGGAUCCACCAUCGUUUAUUUGCCUAAAUUCGAAGUGGAGCUAUACUUGAAGACAAUUGAAACAUAUAAGAUACUGUCUUUGGCCGUAUCACCACCUGUAUUAGUCGCUAUAAGCAAAUUUAAAUCCAAGUACGACCUAAGCUCAGUUGCAACCAUUCACUGCGGUGCAGCGCCGUUAUACGAAGAAACAGCUAACGCAGCUACACAAAUCUUUCCGAACCUCCAAGGCCUGUUCCAGGGAUACGGUUUAACAGAGACUACCCUAGCUUUAACCUUCAGUUAUAACUCGGAAAAAAGUGGCAGCGUCGGUGGCGUUGUUGACAACGCAAUCCUAAAGAUCGUGAACCCAGAAACAAAGGAGGUGCUAGGACCCAAUCAAGAGGGGGAAAUAUAUGCCAAGGGGGUGUCUGUGAUGAAGGGCUACAUCGGAAGGGACAGAAAGCUGGACUUCGACGAUGAAGGAUUUUUCAGAACUGGUGAUGUCGGGUAUUACGAUGAAGAUAGAUAUUUCUACAUCGUGGAUCGGCUGAAAGAGCUGAUCAAGUACAAGGGAUAUCAGGUACCCCCAGCGGAAAUCGAAGCGGUACUUCUGAAGCACAGCGGCAUACGUGAUGCUGGAGUGAUAGGAGUGCGCGAUUUAUUGGCUGGCGAGUUGCCCCUGGCGUUUGUCGCUCUCCAACCGGGUGUACAGCUGACAGAGAAAGAGAUACAAGACUAUGUGGCCGAGAGGCUAUCAAAUCCAAAGCAUCUUCGUGGCGGAGUGAGAUUCCUACCAGAAAUACCAAAGAAUCCGUCCGGGAAAAUAUUAAGAAAAGAACUAAGAAAGUUGGUUAAAAGUCCAAAGAGUAAAAUCUAA